UAGCUAUUUAUAAUUCUUGCAUUAGAAGCAACGCUCUAAUUGAUCUGUGCGAGAGCUUUACAUAAACCCUAGAAAAACUCUUAAUUCUUCCGGUGCGAUUCACGAUCCUACUUUUUGUUUUCUUAAAGAUAUGCCUGUGAUGAAUCCCUCGUUGUGUAUUGGUGCACAACCAUCGGUUUACCUCCCUCCUCGCUCUUAUCAUUUUCCGGCUAAUGGAAAAGUUCAUGGGCUUGAUUAUCCUACAAGAGCUUCUAUGCAAUUCCAACCGUUGAGCCAGAGAAAAUUUCCUUCACUGAAGGCAGUUGGAACAGGAGCCGUGCAUCACCUUGUUAAGAAAGGGUUUGGUUUCGGGUCUAAGAGCAAAAGAUCAGUCGUUGCAUGUAACGCUGCGCUGAAUGCAAAAUGCAGUCAAGGGCAAACACAGACUGUUAAGCGGGAAUCACGAACAAUCACACAAGCUCCUACACAUGGAAAGGAUAAAUCCCCAAAGCUUGAUGACGGUGGAAGUGGGUUCCCGCCUCGGGAUGAUGGUGGUGGUGGUGGUGGUGGAGGCGGUGGAGGGAGCUCUUCAGGUGGAUUUUUCCUUUUCGGGUUUCUUAUGUUCAUGGGAUACUUGAAAGAUUUGGAGGGCGAACAUGAAAACAGCCACUAAAGAGGCAAAAACAUAUGAUGCACAAAAAAAGGGGACAGAGAUCAAACCAGAGAUACUAGAGUCUACUAGGAAUUUAUGUUUCAUUUGUCGGGUUAGAUAUGAAUAGAGCCGGCCCUUUCUCUUGGGUUUAUGGACUUAUAU